AUGAGACAACCGGUAGCACUGUUGAUCGUUGCCUUGCUGGCUGUCGGCUCCCUUGCGCUCGGGGAGGCCCAGCUGCGGCCAGCGGAGUGCAGGAACGAGAAUUUUGUGGUCAACGGACAGGGUACAUCCAAUGUCCUUGAUGGCAAGGGCGAGGCCGCCACGACUGAGCUUCCCACCAACGUUGCUGCCAGUGUCAAUGCAUUUGGGUUCAAGCUCUUUGACAAUGUCCUGCCCAAGGUCGAGGAUGGGAAUGUGGUGUUUUCUCCCCUGAGCCUGGCAGCGUCAAUGUCGCUGCUGCACAUCGGGGCAGCCAACGAGACACAAGAGGAGAUCGGCUUGGUGCUGGAGUACGUGAGCGAGUGCUACCCAUUCGUCCUGCAGGACCUGCUGGAGGGGUACAAGGACCCAGAGGUGUCAGAACAGGUGUCGCUGGCCACAAGGCUGUACGUCCAGGCUGGCCUCGACAUCAAGGAAGACUUCAUAGACACCGUGGGUGAGGACAAUGUGCAAAAGACAGACUUCGCAAAUUCCGAGAAUGUGACCCAGGAAGUCAAUGACUGGGUGGCGAAUCAGACCAGGGGCCUCAUCAAGGACUUGCUGGCACCCGGGCAGCUGGACGUCUCCACCGUGAUGGCUCUUGUGAACGCCCUGUACUUUCAGGGUGCUUGGAUGAGCCCCUUCGAAUCUGAGAACACUUUCAAGGGGAUGUUCAAUGGGACGAAAGGGGUUGUGGAGACCGACUUCAUGAACCAGACCAUCAGCAAUGUCAAGUUCGACCCAGAUGAGCAGAUACUGGAGCUGCCCUACCAGGGCGGCAGGUUCAGCAUGGUCGUCAUGCUUGCGCCCAAUCCUGGCGACGACGUGUCCUCCCUGCUCUCCCUGGGGCCCAUCCUGGUGCCCUCGGUCCUGGACGACCCUGCCUUUGGCUUCUCGACAGUCAAAGUCAACUUCCCGAAAUUCAGCUUCGAGCAGGAGCACGACCUGACGUCGAUCCUCCCAGAGCUGGGCAUCGAGAAGGUGUUCACCAAUGAGGCGGACCUCAGCGGCAUAUCUGAUGUGCCGCUCAAGGUGGACGCGGCUGUGCACAAGGCCAGAAUAACAGUGGACGAGGAGGGCACGGAGGCGGCGGCCGCGGAUGCCAGCCUCAUAGUGCCCCUGUUCAGUCUGGAGAACUCCUUCGUGGCAGACAGGCCAUUCAUCUUCAUGAUCCGGGACAACGCCAGCAAACUGUUCCUGUUCAUGGGUGCGUACUCGAACCCCAAAUCAUGA